UAUUCCAGAAUAUUUUGCAUUGCACGCUGCAUGAUCUUUUACCAUAACUGACACCGAAACAUUAACUAUAUGGAGAAAAAUUCAUUUUGUCUGACAUAUAUGUUUACUGGAAAAUGAGGUAUUUAAAUCUGGAAAGCAAUUUCUCAGCCUUAUUUAUUGGGCCCCUCAUGAACCAUCUACUGAUUUAUGCAUGAUGAAAGAGUAAAGGUUACAGUGUCAAGGCAAAAAUAUCUAAGCAUUGGACCCAAGUAGCUGUUUUGUGGUAUUUAUGGCGUUGGAAGUUAACGGUAGGAUCCCAUGCAUAUCUACUCAAAAGCAAGCCCAAUUGAAGUGAAUAUGUAUAAGACUGCAGUGUCAAUGUCUUGGACUUUCAAAGUAAUGAUGUGUGUAAGGCGUAGCUUUAUUGGGGUUUCCAGAAGUGAUGAACAAUUUAAGAAUAAUUAUAUUUAGGAUGCAUCUGUAUGCAAGCUUCUUGCUUGCUUCCACUCCGCUUUCCUGCCAUAUCCUCAGGUGCACACAAAUGGCAAUGUGCUGGCCAUCUUUUUAUGUGUGGCUUUGCCUUCUCCUGCCCUCCCUCUUCUCUCAUCACCCAGCCUUCAAAUUAUCUAAGCUCUAUAGAGCAGCUAGUUGUAAGCUGGAGCUCUGUGGGCUGGAAAAGUAUAUGGGAAGUUUUUAUGGGAUUCCCAUCAAAAUUAAUGGCCGGCAUGCUGCUAUAGAUGCAAACUGACAAUUUCUUUCUUCAUUUGCAGUUCUUCCUCAUUUGGGGUAGGGGUUGGGCUUUGCCAUUUUUCACUGUUGUAGUGCCAAGCUGAUCUCUUAAAUACUGUUUAUCAGGACAGUUGUGGGACCCUCCAGAGCAGAUGAAGGACUGCAGGGAGGGGAGAGGAGAAGAAACAUAAGCAUUGGAUGCAAACCAAACAUAUUUGUUAUGGUAUAAACUUUAGUGGACUCAAGUCAUUGGGACUGAAAAUAUUCAAUGAAGAGUGUGCUAUAAAUACUGUAAAUCAAAAUAAGGCUAAAACGGAAGAGCAAGAACAAAAACUACACAUUGUGAUUCCAUUUUCUGACACAUCUCAUCUAUACCGGAAGUUCUAUUUAUGGCAUACUGCCAUUAAAUUAUAAUUUUGUUUUACAAUUUUUCAUUCUAUUGCCAUUCUUCUUCUAUUUGCACUCUGUCAAUUAUUCUUCUUCUUGAAAUACUUAGUCCACCUGAUCCAUCUCUGUUCCAUUCAUUUAUUUCUUGUGGUCCUCUUAUCAUUUUUUAUCUUCCUGGGUUGCCAUAUUUUGAAGACAAAAAAGAAGACAUAUUUGCCAACCUCUACUUUUAACUAAUGUUUUAAUGUAUGUAAAAUGAUGACUCUCAUUUUACAUACCGAUGAAAAAGAGGACAUGUCCUGGCAAAAGAGGACUCAUUACAUGGAUUCAAUUUUAUUUCUUUGUUGCAUCCUCCUAUGUUUCUGUGUAGACCAUCUACAACUGUUUCCUUUUAAAACCUGUCUUUAAAACCCUGCUCAAACCUUUCAUUUGGUUGGAUUUGCAAUUGUUCUCCGGAUGUGUUCCAGACUUACUGUAGUAGUUUUUGCAUACAACUUGAAUGCACUAUGACAAAACUUAGCAUUUUUAUGGCAGCAAAAUAUCAGGUCACAUGAUUACUACACCUACCUAUCCUAUUCCAGGAAUCAGAGGCAACAUCAAACCAAUGAAACCACCAUCUCAUCCCAAUCCUGGCCAUUCUCUCAUAGCAGAUACUUAAGAGCAUUUAACAUAAACAUGUUGCCCCCUAAACACACUUUCAGAGUUGUAAUCCAAAAAUGCUCACUUAUACAUUCCUUCUGUGUGAUACUUUUAGUGAAGAUCUUAAUUUAUCAGUGCUUAUGAGUAAGGAAGUAGGAUUAACUGAUUAACUAACAGCAGGAAGAAGCAGCAGGUUAUAUGGUGCAAGCAUAGGUUUCUGUGUUUUUAGGAGAUGUGUAUAAGGGAGUAUUGUGGCCUGAGAGGGUGCUCUUUCCUCUCACAAUUCCACCCCUCCUGAUCAACAAGAGAAUGAAUUCCAUUCUGGGCCACUCUUCUUUCAGUGUUGCUCUCCCCAGUGUUCCCCCACUGAAUCAAAAUGUCAUGUUGUAGGAAAGAGAAAGAGAAAGUAAACUAAUCUAAGACAAUGUACCCCAGAUUUACCAAGACUCCUUAAUAGAUUGUUUUAUAACUUUUUUCAUGAAAAUACCCAAGGAAUGAUAUGGCACAGUGUUCUAUACUAUGUCUGAAUUUCUCCCACGACUAGAAAAUUUCUUCUAAUGUUCACCAUAAAUCUACCUUCUGGUUCUGAACCUUCUUUUUUCAAACAUAGUUUUGCAAAUUGACUUUGUUUCCUCUCUCUAUCUUUGUUUCUCUAAGUUAGCACAGACAGUUCCAUCAUCUGCUCCUCUUAUGGUUACCCUUGUAGAAACUUUAUAAUUGUAGUAGAUCUCCUGAAACAAUUGUUGUUGUUUAGUCGUGUCCGACUCUUCGUGACCCCAUGGACUAUAGCACGCCAGACACUCCUGUCUUCCACUGCCUCCCGCAGUUUGGUCAAACUCAUGUUUGUAGCUUCAAGAACAUCAGAAUGAGAAGCAGCUGUAUCAGUGCAAAUGUGUAUAAUCUUGAAAAUGAGCACUCAAACAGUGUGCAAUUUCUGACUUGAGUCUCUGAGGGUUGCUGUCAAUGAAGACUGAGUAAUGCAGGAGGGGUCUUCUUCUUUAGAUCAACUGCUUCAGAGCAAGUAAGAGAUCAUCAAACACUGUGUUUGAAUAGCAUCAGAGCAAUCCCAUCUAAGUGUGCAUGCACAUGAAAGCUCAUACCUAUUACAAACUUAGUUGGUCUCUAAGGUGCUACUGGAAGGAUUUGUUAUUUUUAUUUUGACUGCGUCAGAGCAACACGGCUACCUACCUGUAUCUAGAGGUGGGUUCUUUUUCAGUUUGGGCAACAUUCACUCAAACUUAAACAGAAUCACUGGAGCAGAAAUGGCAAUAGGAAACUGCCUGCAGUAUUGCGGGGGGGGGGGGGGCAACCCUCAAUUUUAUGUUUAUUACCAUUUGGCAAGGCCUUACCCAGAAGGUUCUGUGGUGGAAAAUAUUGCAAAGGACCAGGGAAUGGAUGCAAAGGAGCUCUCAGAAUGGAGUCCACAUUAUUUAUCAAGGUAGGACUCAGUAUUUGGUUUUGAAUUAUAACAAUGGACAUUGGUAUACUGCAGGGGGGGAUGGAUCUGUGCUCAGGCAGAGAAGUGCCUGAUAAACUUUGAGAUUUUGAGAAUAUUACAAAACUUUCUGAAGCCAAGGUGGAAAUAGCUGAUAUUGAUGACAAUGCUCAAACUGUGCAUUCGGAGAAAUUGAAGAUAGAAAUCAGUGAGGUCACAGCACCAGGAUCCCAGUUUCCCUUCUAUGAAGCUCAUGAUCCUGAUUUGGGCAAAAAUUCCCUCCAGGGAUAUAAACUCAGUAACAGCCAUUUUCCCCUUGACAUUCAGAUGGCAGCUGACAGUGGUCAGCAUGCAAAAUUAGCCAAGGACAGGCAUUUGAAUCAUGAAGAAACAGCUGUUCAUCACCUGAUAAUCACACAGCAUAAGAUGGGGAAAAUCCUUCCAUGGUGUAGAUUAAAUUUUUUGUCUGCAUGUUAUUGACAACACACCAAUGUUUAGCCAACAUAUCUACAAAAAGAUCAUUAGAUAAUAUAUACCUACUGGAUUCCUCACUAGGCAGAGUCAGGAUAUCUAGUGACCAAAGUGAUGGGAGAGGUCACUGACUCUGGCCAGAAUGCCUGGCUCUCCUACCAGCUGAUCAAGGCCACUGAGCCAGGACUCUUCACUCUGGGGCUCCACACGGGAGAGGUCAGGACAGCCCGUUUCUUUCUGGAAAAAGAUACUCUCAAGCAAAGCCUGGUUGUUUUAGUGAAGGACAAUGGGCAGCCACCUCUCUCUGCUUCAGCCACUCUGACUGUGGUGCUGGCUGACACCAUCCCUGCAAUCCUCUCAGACCUGAGCAGCAUCUCAGCUCCUGUAGAGCCUCCAUCUGACCUCACCUUCUACCUGGUCCUUGCAGUGGCUUUUGUCUCCUGCUUGUUCUUCACUUUCCUCCUUGUGUUAGGGGCCAUCAAGUUGCACAGGUGGAGAAAUUCUCAGCUGUUUGAGUCGGGGAGUGUGAAUUUAAGGGGCACUCCCAUCUCACGUUUGUAGGGAUCAAUGCAUUGGUGAUUGAUGUAGUAUAAAUGUGUUCACCUUUGCCAUGUUGGCAAGCUGUAGUAUCUGCAUAUGCAUCUACAUACCUAAUUGUUAGUGGCACAUUUCCUCCCUUAUUUGGAAAAUGUACUGAAACGUGAGUAGUCAAAGUAAAAAAAACUACUGCUCUUGAGGGAAGAGUUUCAGAAAAUUGCCCAUUGGCAUCAAACAUUUCAGGUACAAGAAUCCCAUUAACACAGAUCAUCUUUAUUGGACAGAAUCUACCAAAAAAGUGAUCCUUUCCUGUUUUUUUUUUAAAAUAAGGUAUGUUAAAAGUGUGGAUAUGUUUUUAAAGCAAUUAUUAUUAUUUUAAAAAGAAGGGAAUAUAAGGGAUUAAAUCCAGAACUUUCAUCUAAGUAAAAUAUAAUAUUUUCUGUAUAUAAAGUGAUUUUCUUGCAAAUGGCCUGUGAUGCAUAUUUUGUUGAAAACAUUAAAAGCCUGAAGGAGUUGUACACAUCCAUCAAUAUGGUCAAGAUCUUACUACUGUAAUACAUAAUACAAUUGCUUUUAGUAACUAAAUGCUGCUUUCAAAGUAUUAAAAUGUUGUUGUUUUUAUGGAGAGGGAAAGCAUAUAUUUCAGUUCUUCCGGUUUAUUCUUAGAGCUGAUUCACUUGUAGUUCUUCAGUUGGAACUCACAGUGCCGCUGUUGGCCAAUCUGGGAAUCAAAGAGCUAUUAGGGAGGCACUGUCAGAUUGCUACUGACCAGCUGCAGAAAGAACAGACUACAAAGACUUGCCUGCUGUUACUAAGAUGAGAAAACAAAUGUGAUACAAGCAAACUGAGAGGGAUAUCAAGUGAAUCAGCUUAUUCUUCUGAAUACCUGUAUUUUGGACAAAUAUAUAUAUUAGCUCACCUGCUCAUUAGCAGGAGAAUGGAGAUGAGGAUGGAAGGUAUUCCUAGAGAAAGCUUCAGGGCAUCCAGAAGCCACAUUUUGCUUCUAUUCUUAUUGUCUUCCUUCUGCUGGGAGAUCUCAGAGUCAAUUCACUAUUCCAUUCCUGAGGAGAUGGCAAAGGGGUCCUUUGUGGGAAAUCUUGCCAAGGAUCUGGGACUGAAUGCCAGAGAACUGAGGAGUAGAAACCUGCAUAUCAUUUCUGAAGGUAAAAAACCAUAUUUCACUAUCAGUGCUGAAAAUGGAAAUGUGUAUGUGAAUGAGAGGGUAGAUCGUGAGGGAAUGUGCAGAGAGAGCACACACUGCAUUAUUGAUCUUGAAGCCUUAGUUGAAAAUCCAUUAAAUGUUUUCCAUGUAAGUGUAACAAUUCAGGACAUUAAUGACAAUGUACCACAUUUCCUGGAUGACAAUAUAAGGCUUGAAAUAAUUGAAUCCACAUUGCCAGGUGCCAGAUUUCUGCUUGGGAAAGCUGAAGAUCCUGAUAUUGGGAAGAAUUCCCUUCAAGAUUACCAGUUAAGCCAAAAUCAAUUUUUCACAUUGGAGGUUCAAGAUAGUCUGGAUGGACAUAAAUAUGCAGAAUUGGUGCUGCAGAAACCUUUGGAUCGGGAAAGUGAUCACUCCCUUAGGUUGAUCCUUACGGCCCUAGAUGGGGGUGAACCCAGGAAAACUGGGACUGCCCAGAUAUGGAUUAAUGUCACAGAUGCCAAUGACAACCCACCAGUCUUCACUCAAGAGGUCUAUGAGGUCAGUGUGAGGGAAAAUUCCCCUGCUGGGUCUUCCAUACUUCAGAUUGCAGCCUCUGAUAGUGAUGAAGGUUCAAAUAGUCAGAUCAGUUAUAGUUUCAGUAAAGUACCAGAAAAAGUCUCCAAGAAAUUUAGGAUAGAUACAAAAAAUGGAAUAAUUAUGAAUACGGAGAAUCUUGAUUUUGAGGAGACAGAAAAGUACUCUAUGGCAAUAGAAGCAAGAGAUGGAGGAGGAUUAGUGGCUCACUGUAAAAUUGAAAUAAAAGUUCAGGAUGAGAAUGACAAUGCCCCAGAGAUCAUCGUGGCCUCCUUAUCUAGUCUAAUUCCUGAAGACUCUGCUUCUGGAACAGUAAUUGCUCUCAUCAACGUAAAGGAUAAAGAUUCCGAAGAAAAUGGAAAAAUUACAUGCCAUCUACAAGGUAAUGUACCAUUUAAAAUAGCAUCUGUAUCUAAGAAUUACUACAAGAUCCUUACAGACAGUCCUUUGGACAGAGAAAAAGCCUCAGGAUACAACAUCACAAUAAUGGCCACCGACAAAGGUAGCCCCCCUCUCUCCUCCAACAAAACCAUCUCCUUGCAGAUUUCAGAUAUCAAUGACAACCCCCCUGCCUUUGAAAAAUCAACCUACAGUGUCUUUGUGCCAGAAAACAAUCCCUCAGGUGCCUCCAUUUUCUCCAUCAAAGCCUCGGACCCGGAUCUGGACCGCAACUCACGUAUCACUUACUCCAUCCUCAACAGCAACAUGGAGGAGCUGCCUCUCUCCUCUUAUGUCUCCAUCAACUCUGAGACGGGAACUAUCUAUGCACAGCGCUCCUUUGACUAUGAGCAAUUCAGGGAGUUUCAGAUCCAAGUGAAGGCCCAAGAUGGCGGCUCUCCCUCUCUCAGCAACAACACCACUGUGUGGGUGUACAUUUUGGAUCAGAACGAUAACAGCCCUCGGGUUCUGUAUCCUCUCCCAGGCGCUGAGGGCUCUGCCUUGUUUGAGAUGGUUCCUCACUCAGCAGAGCCAGGCUACCUAGUGACCAAAGUGGUGGCUGUGGAUGCGGACUCUGGGCACAAUGCCUGGCUCUCCUUCCAUGUGCUGCAGGCCACAGAGCCGUCCCUCUUCACCAUUGGGACCCACACGGGAGAGAUCAGGACGUCACGAGUCAUCUUGGUGAAGGACAAUGGGAAGGCUCCACUCUCAACUACUGUGGUCCUCAACCUUGUGGUUGCCGAGAACUUCCAAGAGGCACUUCCGGAAAUGACUAGGCAGUCCAGUGACACAGAGCAUCAUUCUGACCUCCAGUUUUAUUUGGUGCUGGCUUUGGCACUGAUCUCAUUUUUAUUCCUCCUGACGGUGAUACUGGUCAUUGUCAUGAAACUUCAACAAUCAGGAAAUCCCAAAUUAUUCCAAUGCUUUGAACCUAAUGCUUUUUCUAAGGCGCAGGUCAUAUUUCCACCAAACUAUGAAGAAGGAACUUUACCUUAUUCCUACCAACUCUGCCUAUCGUCAGAGAUGAGGAAAGAGGAGAUCUCUUUCCCCAAAUCCCAUAUCCAGGUGGCAGAAAACUUGCUAUGCAAUGAUAGCUCUCAGGUGGUUCUUGUGGAUGGCAACAUUGGGAAUGCCAAUGCCAAAGACGAGGUUGGUGAGCAGCAAGCACAACCCAACACAGACUGGCGUUUCUCUCAGGCCCAGAGACCAGGAACCAGUGGGUCUCAGAAUGGGGAUGAGAAUGGGACUUGGCCAAACAACCAGUUUGAUACAGAAAUGCUUCAAGCCAUGAUUCUUGCAUCAGCGAAUGAAGCUGCUGCCGCUGCCGCUGCAAAUCCUGAUGGAAAUUCUACUCUGGGAGGAGGAGCAACAGCAGCAGGCACAAUGGGCCUCAGCACCAGGUAUGGCCCCCAGUUCACCCUGCAGCACGUCCCUGACUACAGACAGAACGUGUACAUCCCUGGCAGCACAGCCACUCUCUCCAAUUCUGCAGCCAAGCGCGAUGGGAAGCCUGCAGCCUCCGGAGGUGGGAACAAGAAGAAGUCAGGGAAGAAGGAGAAGAAGUAAGAUUCGCAGGAUGACAUCGCUGCCACCUUAGAUCUAAAGGGCAGACUCUUCCAGCAUUCCCCCCAAUUCAUAGCCUAGGAUGGAGGAUGAAUGUGAAUUUGUGGUUAACAAUUUUUAAAAAAUAAAAAAGUGUGGAACAUUGCGAAUGUACAUUGCUGUCAUCAGAGCUAGGAGAAAGUCUCCUACUGUUAGUCCUCCUGAUGUGAAAGUAUCUGGAAACAAAACAAAACAAAAAAAGCCCUGUGGAUAGUGAUGAAUAUAGCUUAUACUCUCAUGCGGAUGAUCUAAUAUGCAAGGGUGUCAGAUCUUUGGAAUAUUUUCUCUCCCAUUGCUUUGCUCCAGAGUGAUCUGCACAACAUACGCGGCUUAGGGUGGGCCCUGUCCAUUGUAAAUAAUUCUUCUAAACAGGGGUUUUGAUUUAUGCAUUUUUCCAUUUAAAGAACGUUCUCACUUCCCCCAAAUUCUGAUCAAUGCUUUCUGUCCCCACAAAAAUAUCUCUGUUGGAAUCCUUGUUAUGAAAUUGAUGAGGGGGUGCUUUAGUUUCUGCUUUUUUAUUUUAAAACAGUGUUCAUCCUGCAUUAUUAGAAGGGAAUGAGUUUCAACAGCAUUUUUUAAAAGUUAACCAAUGAUGGUUGGAAAAAGAAAACUGAAAUGGUAUGGUUAUACCUAAGAGGCAAGGCGCACAAACACAUUGCUAUGGGAAGCCUCCCAGAGGCAGAGAAUGCCUCACAUAGUAGGAAGAUGGAGAAUUUUGCCUGCGCUGAUUGAUUUACAGUGGCCUCUGAAGAGACAACACAUCUCAUCUACACUUUGAUCCAUAAAUAUUUAUGUGUACAGUAAUUGUUUUCUGGAAUAAGUUUAAGGAAGUCAAAGUCAAUCGCUUGUGAGUAUAGUGAGCUGUUGCUCCUCCUUUAAGCACUGAAAUAGCUCUGUUAGUUCCACAGGCAGACGCCUUCUGUCAGUGAAUGGGCUCUGGUGGCCUUGUAGGUAGAGAAUUAAAACAAAAAUGGAAUGCUUCAUAUUUUCUGCACAUCGAGCUGCAUGCAAAACAUUCACUUCACAUCUGUGGUAGGCUAGCUGUCGCCUCCCAACCUAGAAUAGAGAAGUCAUUGCAUGCCAUAUACAGCAUGGUGUAAAUAUGCUGUGAAGUGCCCACAUCCUGGUGGAACCUGAGCAUUGUCUGUCUGUGAGUAGAGUUCAGUAACAAGAUGCAUUGCCCUGGAUCAGAGCAGUAGGGAAGUUUCCAUAUGCCUAGGCAGCACAGCCAAGGAAGGCCCUUGGUUUGCUGGCCUUCUUCACGUGCUGAUAAUAAGCGAACAACAGUUGGUCUGAGGACGCAUGGGGCCAGGCACAGAUCAGGGAUGCCAGAGCUGGAGCUGGGCAUGGAUUUCUGAACGUUAGAGAAGUGAGUAACCAUUGGUGCACUGAAGGUCCUUGGGACCUCUGCUAUCACCCCUACUUGGAUAUAAAUCCACUGGAUUUAAAGUGAAUAAUCAUAAAUCCCUUUGCUGUGUUUCGAAAUGACUUGUUUUAGGGUUUUUAGCCACAUUGUUUCAUAGCCUAGUAUGGAGAGGAAGUGAGUGUUUCCUGCUCCCUGUGCAUUUUAUCGGCUUGUGUUCUCAUCCCUUUCCUCGUUCAAGCGCAGCACAGACUAGAAGGGAGCUUCAGCGUGCUACUGGCAAACUCAGGUUGCCUUUCUAGAGAGGCACUGACCGAGUUCCCUUCCAAUUUCAGCUGAGGGCAGAGAAGCAGCAUAUUUCCAACCUGGAGGGCUAAUCACUAGGCCAGAAAUAUAUUACUCUUUCUUAAACCUUUGAUAAGGAGCUUGUCUGAGAUGGUCUGGCCCCUUAUGAUCACCUCAGGUUAAACAUCUGAUGACUUUUCAAAACAUUGCGGACCAAUCUCAUUGGCUGUGUAGUAUUGCACUGCUAGAGCGUAUCUGCUGCCUCCUCUGUGUCUAGAAAGCGGGACUUGUCUGUGGGAAGAAACUUCAGUCGACGUAUGAUUUUUGUACUGAUCCCAGUCACCCACCCACCCCUUGUGUUUGGUGACUGCACUAGAAACAGUUUACAUAGUUAGUUAAAACAGAGCACAAUCCAUUGGGAAGUUCUCCUGCACAAGCUCGGCUGAAAUCAUCAGAAGCCACACAUGGGCAUGGCAAUUCUGUCCUGCAGCUUCUCUCCAUCUUAACGGGGCUGGUGCAGGUGAGCUUCCCCACAAGAUUGUGCCUGCGGUUUAUUAUGUACUGAAGUACUUAUUAUGUGACUCUUCUCAAAGUACUGUAGAUUAAUCUUAGUCAUUCUCUUUUUCCUUUUAAUCAAUAAGCUGAAAGUAGUGUAGUAGUGCUGAAAACCUAGUGAUGUGUAGGUUUCUUUCUUCUUCUUUUUUAAUCUUAGUAAUUGAGUUGUGGACAUCAGUAUUUUUUUUAUUCCUUUGUAUCUUCUUUACGUGUGCUCUUUGUGCUUUUAAAUGUAUGUGAAUUGAAACACACUUACUGUCCUUUCAAUGUGUCUAAUAUUGAACUAUACUUAUAUAUUAUAUAUAUGCUUAUAUCCUUCUUAUAUCCAUAUAGACUGACGUCAAUGUGUUACACGCAAGUUUUAUACUCUAAUAUUUAUAUUGCUCUUUUUUCUUUGGGGAAAAUAAUAAAAAAAUCUUUUCUGCU